UCUUCCUCCAUUAAGCCUCGUCAUAUCUCUUAUAGUCUCAACCAUCAAAAAUAAAUAAAUUGUCAAGCAGAGAAUUUUUUUUCCCUUGUGUUUCUUUCUGGGUAUGAAGCUGCAAGUUUUGGAUUGAGCGAUAGAGAAGGUGUCUUUCUUGGAUUUUCGUUUCCAUUUGAUAGAAAUUUUGGUUUUUGAUCCAAAAAGAGAAGUGGGUUUUUCUGGGUUUUCAAUCUUUUGAGGUUAUAAGCUUGGAAAUUUUGUUUUGGAGGUAUCAGAAAUGGCUUGUUGUUUGAAGACCGGUUUCUAUGUUUCUGGUUCAAGUGAUACCCUUCUCGGCUGUAGAGCCAAAGGGUCUUUAGGGGUUUCUCCGUCCGUUGAGGCUCUCCAAUUAUCAAAUUCAAGAUCAAAAGAUUUCAUGGGGAAACAAUUGGAUUAUUCAGUCCAAAAUUCAACCUAUUGGGAUGUCAAAGCUCCAACUACUUUUUCUGUUAAGGCACAAGCAUCAAUUUCUGUUAGCAGAGCUUUGAGAUGGUGGGAGAAGACUCUUAAGCCGAACAUGAUUGAGAUCCAUUCUGUACAAGAACUCGUGGAUUCAUUGUUAAAUGCUGGAGAUAGAUUGGUUAUAGUUGACUUUUAUUCCCCUGGUUGUGGAGGUUGCAAGGCUUUGCAUCCCAAGAUCUGUCAACUGGCUGAAUCAAACCCCAAUGCAAUUUUUCUCAAAGUCAAUUAUGAAGAACUCAAGCCCAUGUGCUAUAGCUUGCAUAUUCAUGUCCUACCAUUCUUCAGAUUCUAUAGAGGUGCAGAGGGCAGGCUAUGUAGCUUCAGUUGUACUAAUGCAACGAUCAAGAAAUUUAAGGACGCUUUAGCAAAAUAUGGGACUGAAGGUUGUAGUCUUGGUCCAGCAAGAGGGCUAGAAGAAUCUGAGCUAUUGGCUUUAGCCUCAAGUGGACAAAUAUCAAGAAAUGUGCCACUAGAAUAUGCAACUGAGAAGAAGGAUAAGCAACUGCAGGAUGUGGUGUUGAAUGGUUUUGAUCUGUCCAGUCCUGUGGUUAAAGAUGAAAAGAAGAGGGGAGUCAAUGGAGGCUCUGCUGUUGUGAUGGCCUAAUCUUAGAGAUUAGUUAGUAGUCCUAGUUAGGAGAAUUCUUAUGGGAGUAAAAAUAUAGCUCCCUCCUUUAAGAAAUUCUUCUUCUGAAGAAUGUGCAUAAUUAUUGAGAGUUAUCCAGAGGCAGGGCUCUUGUUUUUUUGGAUAAGCCCUGCAUAUUUGGUUAAUCUGUUGUCAGAUGGAAAAAAUUUGUGUUAUAAAGACAGCUAUAUCUUUCAAGGAUUUAUCCUUAUCUUGUGUGAUGUG